GAUUCUCGUUCCACACUCCACUAUCGCUGCCUCUCUCUCUGGUUAGCCAUUAGAGCUCUGCGCCAAAAACCCCAAAGACCCUAGAAUUCUAAGAAUUAGGGCACAAAAAUGGCUAUUUCAAUGGGGGCUGCAAAGGCCACCUUCAACCUACGGUCCAGAAUUCCCAUAACUUUCUCUUCUCAGACUAUCUCCUCUUCUUCUUUCCAUUUCCCUCUCAGAAACCCUGUUUUCCAUUGCCCUAGGCCUAGGGUUUCUUACCUCGGUUACAGGCGCCUGAGAACUAGAGCUGAGGUUGAUAACGGCGCUCAUUUUGAUUUUGAUCUCUUCACCAUAGGAGCAGGCAGCGGAGGAGUAAGAGCUUCACGCUUUGCAGCUGCUAAUUAUGGUGCAUCGGUCGCUGUUUGUGAGCUUCCUUUCUCUACCAUCUCUUCUGAAUCCACAGGAGGGGUUGGUGGAACGUGUGUACUUCGCGGUUGUGUGCCAAAGAAGUUACUUGUUUAUUCCUCCAAAUAUUCUCAUGAUUUUGAAGAGAGUCAUGGGUUUGGAUGGUCCUACCCUGCUGAUCCAAAGCAUGAGUGGAGCAUCCUGAUGGCCAACAAGAAUGCUGAGCUUCAACGCCUUACUGGGAUUUACAAAAAUGUUCUGAACAAUGCUGGUGUAACUCUAAUUGAAGGCCGUGGAAAGAUUGUAGAUCCCCAUACUGUUGAUGUAGAUGGGAAAUUAUACUCUGCAAGGCAUAUACUCAUUUCUGUUGGUGGGAGGCCCUUUAUUCCUGAUAUUCCUGGCAAGGAGUAUGCAAUAGACUCAGAUGCUGCGCUAGAUUUGCCCUCAAAACCCAAUAAAAUCGCUAUAGUAGGGGGAGGGUACAUAGCUCUGGAGUUUGCAGGCAUUUUCAAUGGGUUAACAAGUGAGGUCCAUGUAUUUAUUCGUCAGAAGAAAGUUUUAAGAGGCUUUGAUGAAGAGAUCAGAGACUUUGUGGCAGAACAGAUUUCUCUAAGGGGAAUUGAGUUCCACACUGAGGAGACCCCACAAGCCAUACAAAAGUUAUCAGAUGGUUCACUGUCAUUGAAAACCAACAAAGGAACCAUGGAUGGUUUUUCUCAUGUCAUGUUUGCCACUGGAAGAAAACCUAACACAAUGAAUAUAGGUUUGGAGACAGUUGAAGUGAAAAGGAGAAAUGGGUCAAUCGAGGUUGAUGAAUACUCCAGAACUUCUGUUGAGUCCAUUUGGGCUGUUGGUGAUGUCACCGAUCGACUGAACUUGACUCCAGUUGCUUUGAUGGAAGGAUGCGCAUUUGCAAAAACUGUUUUUGGCAAUGAACCUACAAAACCAGAUUACAGAGCAGUUCCUUCUGCCGUGUUCUCUCAACCUCCAAUUGGAACAGUUGGCCUCACAGAAGAACAGGCAAUUAAAGAGUAUGGAGAUGUUGAUGUCUUCACCGCCAACUUCAGGCCUUUGAAGGCGACUCUCUCAGGACUCCCUGAUCGGGUCUUCAUGAAACUCAUUGUUUGUGCCAACACGAACAAAGUCCUUGGGGUGCACAUGUGUGGAGAAGACUCACCAGAGAUCAUGCAGGGAAUUGCAAUUGCGGUGAAAGCGGGGUUAAACAAGGCAGAUUUUGAUGCAACAGUGGGUAUUCACCCCACAGCUGCAGAAGAAUUGGUUACAAUGAGGACCCCUACCCGAAAGAUCCGGAGAGAUACAACUCCAUAUGCGGGGGAGUUGAUGCAGGAGCCAAAAGCAAAAACUGCAGCUUAAUGAACAAACCUUAAACCUGAAAAUCCAACUAUGGCCAUCAAUGUUUCACUCCUUGUGGAAAGGCACCAAAAGGAAAUUUAGCAACAAAGGUCCAAAGGAUGGAAAUUCACCAAGGAAGCCUUUAAAUUGGUGCGGGCCUGGUAUUCUGAGAUGAUUCCGAGGUUUUCUGAUUCAAGCUGAAAGAUUGUCUUAUUUCUUAACAAGUAUUAGACCCAUGCCAAAAGUGAGAAUACGAGUUCAUGUAUUUUUUCUUUUUUUGGUUAAGUUAAAGCAAUAUUCAAUUCUGUUUUGUGAGUGGGUUAUCUUUGGGGGAGUAAAGAUAAUUACAGUCAAUAAUAAUCAUAUAACAAUUUUCCCAAUUC